AAUGCUUUCUCUAGGGUGAUCUUCAUAGAAACUACUAAAGACUUCAAAGAAUUCAUUUUAGGCAAAAUAAGCAAAAUAAGUUGUUCUCAUAAAGUAAAAUGGAUCCUUGUUCAGUUGGAGUUCAGCUUCAAGCUACCAGUGAAUGCCAUAAGACCUAUUAUACCCGCCACACUGGCUUCAAGGUUAAGCAAGAUGUUUCUUCAUCUGAUCUACUGUUACUUCAGCUUAGGACUGGAAUAACCCUUUCAGAGAACAAUACAAUCUGCUUCCACCAUGCAAAAAUUUACAUUGAAAGAUUUGAAGACUUACAAAAAUCAUGCUGUGAUCCCUUUAAUAUACACAGAAAAGUAUCAAAGAAAAAUUUACGAGCAAUUGAUUUAGAUGAUGCAACUUUUCUAAGUGCCAAGUUUGGAAGACAGUUUGUACCUGGUUGGAAGCUUUGUCCCAAAUGUAUGCAGAUAAUAAAUGGAAGCGUGGAUGUUGAAUCCGAAGAUCGCCAAAGAAGAAAACUUGAUUCGGACGGGCGUACAGCUAAGGCUUUAAAGUCUUUACAGUUUGCUAAUCCAGGAAGACAGACUGAAUUCAUUCCCGAGACAAGUAAGAGGGAAAAAAGAAGGCUGCAAACAAAAAGUGCAUCAUUUAAUUCAGACAGGCAAGUUAUACCAGCCAAGAGUAAAGUCUACGAUAGCCAAGGGCUACUGCUUUACAGUGGGAUGGACCUCUGUGAUUGUCUGGAUGAAGACUGCCUGGGGUGUUUCUAUGCCUGCCCCAAGUGUGGCUCCAACAAGUGUGGAGCGGAAUGUCGCUGUGACCGCAAGUGGCUCUAUGAGCAGAUUGAGAUAGAAGGAGGAGAGAUCAUUAGAAAUAAGCAUGUUGGUUAGUGUAAAUG